AUGGUAAUAGGGCAUAGAAAAUUAUCGUCUUUGGAAAGGUAUUUUUACACUAGAAGUAUCAUUAAUCUACAUUCGUGCUUUUACGUGGGGAUUCAAUUGAAUCAAUUGCCCAGUAGGACUCAAAUACAACAUGCGUUAAAGAGUACAAUCGAUACGUUCAUCCAAUUGCGUUGUAAUGUGGGAAUCGACGAAGAAGAUGGUAAACCAUAUCUAAAAAUAAUUGAUCAAAGUCUUGAACUCAAGGAUGUCGUGGAAUUUGUGGAUUGGGCAAAAUUCGAUGAGGAUAAGAUGAAUUACGUAUUUCAAAACUAUGCUUUCCCAUAUCAUACCGAGAAACCACUUUGGAAAGUGUUAGUUAUCCCCAAUGAGAGAAAAUUAGUUCUUUUAAUGAGCCAUGUCCUAUUUGAUGGUAUGGCGGGUGUGAUUAUAUUGCAGGAAUUUCUGAAAAACUUGAACCAAUCUAUGAAUGCUAUUGAAAAUACUAUUAGUACAGUUUACGAACCAGGUGAAAUCCAAAGUUUUACAAGUAAUCAUCACCCAUAUGAGGAUUGGCCCAUUGGUUGGAAAGCUAAACUAUUACAGUUCCUUUUCGCCCAAUAUUUGAAAUGGAAACCAAUUAAUGCGGAUAUGGUGGGACCUAAGAGUGAAGAUUUUAAAUUUAACAGUUAUUUCUUACCCCACGGACUUUUAGAAAAGAGGUCGGAUUCUACUGGAGGUCUUUAUCAAGUGAGAUGUGAUAAUUUACAACGGAACAUACAUUUAACUCCAGAAGAAUUGGAAAAAGUUCUACAGUUAUGUAAAGAUCACAGAGUAUCUUUUAGCUCUUUACUUACAGCUCUUUUCGCUCGAAGUUUGGCGAAGUUCUCAGAUCCAACGAGUUAUACAGGUUCCCAAAUGAAAAUAUGUUUACCGAUGAAUACAAGAUCAGCAUGCAACAAAUACCUACAGAAUGACGAUUAUACAAAACAAUUGGGUAAUUUCGUUGCGGCUACGACUCUCAUCGCAAACACUAAUGAUAAUAAACCGCUAUGGGAAUUAGCAGAAGCAUUUCAAAAAACUAUUGUCCAAAAGGUUCAAAAUGGAAUUCCAGAUGCCAUCGGUGAAUGUAGAUUGUUAGAUGUGAUUGAUAUGCAAGAAUUUUUUAAGGCAAAAAUUGCAGCUACUAAACCAAGUGAUACUUUUGAAGUAUCGAAUUUAGGUUUCCAACCUUUUAACGACGUAGAAGGUCCCUUCAAGGUAACUGACGCUUUUUUCAAUCAACCUCAAGGAAUUUCUGCAAACUUCUUUUGCUCUGUAAUUUCUACGGGCGGUGGACUCAACUGUCAUCUCACUAUUCCAAGAGAUUUGGAGAGAGAUUUAGCACCAUGCAUACAGUAUGUGGAUGAUUGGCUACAUGAGAAAGGUAGAAAGUGA